CAUUUAUUAUCGUGAAUUUACGUAUUUUUUCUUUCUUUUUUUUUUUUUAUUUCCUGACAACAAGGUCACUCAUUCCUUGACAAGUGUUCCCAAUUAUUGUGGUGUUCUCCGAUCGACGAGUUUUACCUAUUUUGUUUUCUCUAGUGUCGAUUCCAAGUAGUAAUAACACCUAUGUUCUCACUUACAAAGAUAAGUAAAUGAGACGUGGGAAUGAUAAAGAGAACUCGAUGAAUUCUCCGAACAGUUCUCGAAUCUACGUCCUAUCAUUUUAAUGGUAAAGACGAAGAAAUUCAAUUGAAAAGUCAGGGGAACAGUGGAAGUAUAAAUCAUGUCGAGACGUCCAAGCGUUUCCAUUUACGAUUAUCCAGAGCAUCUAAAUCCUUUCAAUGACGACGGUACAAGCCCUCCUUCCUCGCAUCCACGUUUGCAACGUGAAAAUAGCAAGACCACGGCUUCCCCCAAAGAGAUAAAACAUAAAUUUUGGACCUUCGGGAGAAGCAGGAAAAAGAGAUCCAACAGUUUUUCCAUCAAAUCAACAUGGAAUGGACUCUUUGGUAAACGAAAAGAAACGGAUCAAGCUGAAAAAAGAUCGACAAUUAUAACAGUUUCGUCGACGUAUAAAAGAGAGCCUUUCGAUAGGCCAAUUGUACCGCCACGAAUUUCGAAAGAUCAGCAGGAAUUUGAUGAAGCCUUGGGAACUCUAGUGAGAAGAAGAAAAUAUACGUUGGACAGUGGUUCCAGAUAUAGUUCUAGUCUCACCGUGAAUGGAGAUCCUGCCAGAAUAUACGAUGGGAGCCCUCAGGAUACGACUGCGUCCAUUAUGGGUGAUCUUACUCCGAAAGCACCAGCUAGAAGGUUUGGCCAAGUAAGUCCAAGAUCGACAGACAAAAUACCGCCAUUAAAUUUUGAAGAUAAAGAAUCAAAAGAAAAUGGAACGGUCACGUUGCGUGAAAAAUCUUCCGAAAGAACACCAGUACCGCCAGUCCGAAGAUCUGGCAACAGAUCAUCACAGAGACUAAACACGAGUAAUUUGGAUUUGGAAGAAGAGACUAGCAGGUCAGGGGACGUUACGUUGAGAGACGAGAACGAAAAUGUUCCUGAAGAUUAUGUUUUCAAAAGAUUUGGACAGGAUUCCGUAAGAAGAUCAAAUAUAUCUAUAAACAGUUGUGUGUCCAUUGGUAGUACCGCUAGCGGCUACGGACGAAAAAAACGUAGAGCACCACAGCCACCACGGCGCACAGAACAAUUGGAAACUCCAGAGGAAAGCGAAAUCAAACAAACUCCGGAUACUACGAACGUGGAAUUACAAAUUACUGAACCGAUCGAUAUCAGUAGAGUCACGGAGAAUAUUGAUGAAAUGACAAAAAGGAGUCAAGAAUUGGUAGAAACUUCGGAUGAGAAUACAGAAAGUAGCGUUCAGUUAAUUUCUAAAGACGAACCGAAUACACAAAAUGUUAUUGAAAAGUCUGAACGAGUUGUCGAAGAACCUGUCGCAUUGGAAAAUACGAAAAGCGAUGAGGACGCAAAAAUUAGGAUUGAACAAAACGUAGAAUCGGAGGAAAAUCAGGAUUCACCCGUUGAACAGAAGCAAGAAACGGAUAUCAUUCAAAAAGAGGAAGAAAUCAAAGAGGCAAGUGACAAAGAGACGGUCAAUCAUGAAAACCAAACGAAUAAGAAAAAUGAUAUUGAUAUUGAAUAUUGCAGAAAGGAAGAGGAUAAGAUGGAAAUAAUUAAAGAUGUUAAUGAAAUGAAUUCGAAAGAAGAAUUGAAUGUAUGCCUUCGAAGAAGAGACUCUGCUGAUAGACUGUCGCGAUCUGACAGUUUUUCCGUUCAAGAGGAAAUAAAGAAAAUUGAAAGACAAAUUCAAGCUUUAGAAUCGAAAAAUUUAUCGAGAGAUUCAACGGACGAGACCUUGGACGAUAUAGAAGCGGAUCGUUCUUCGAAUACUCGAUUAUCCAUUCUAGCUAAUCGCAGACACUUUUUUCAAAACAUGGUUGAUAACGAAAUAAAUAAAGACGGUGUUAAGAUCGAGUUUAAAGAAUUACCUAGAGAGCAAAAGAAUAUUCAUGUUAUCAAAUUAACAGAUUCUCCCGUACCCAUUGAAGCACCUAAAGAACCAGUGAAAGUUAUUGAAUUACACAUUUCCGAACCCAUCAGACAAAGACCAGAAAUUUUGGAUGACGUAAAUCCUAUACCAAAGCCUAGAAGACAUGCCUCCUUGAGUCAUAAUAGCUUCGAAGUUCCCGUUGCUCCAAGAGAAAGAAGCAGAAAUUCCGAAUUUUCUGAUAAAAGAGGGAAAUCUGUCUGAAAAGGUUUAGUUUUAUAAAUUGUAUAAAAAUUUGGUAAUCAUGUAACUUCUCUGUACCUUUAACAACUCUCGAUGAAUGAAAAAAUAAAUGGAUAAAUUCGUAACACGUCGAGUGAUAAAACUAAUCGUAUAGUAUAUGUGCCUUUACUUUGUGCUUUAAAAUGUAUAUUGUGAUAAUUAUCUAUAUUAAUCUCACAUAUAUAUAAUUAAAUAUGUAAUUAUAUA